AAUCUUCUUAUCCUUGGUUAACCUUAACCAAGCAAAUGUCUGCCCAUUUGUGUUGACAGGGGAAGGUCUUACACUAACUUCAGUCUGGUGAGAACCAAGACUCCCCAUAUUUCAUCAAUGGCCUUAUCUAGUCCCCACUUGCAAAAAAUUCUUAUAAACAGAGUUCACUGCAACUAUGGCUACAAAAUUAAUGCCAAAAAGAAUAAAAUACAGAAGGCUGUUGGAGGAGGUGGAAAUGGAGAGGGCAGAGGAAUAUCUUGCUCUGCAAUGGCAAUCGACGCGCCAGCUCCUUUAACCAGUGUUUCUGGCAUCAGAUGGGGUUCAACACUGAUCCAAGGCCCACGAGAAGAGAUGGAAGAUGAUGCUGUGAUCGUUCAAUCGGAUGAUCUUGAUGGCUUUACUUAUGCUGCUGUUUUUGAUGGCCAUGCUGGCUUCUCCUCCGUCAAGUUCCUUAGGGAGGAGCUGUAUAAAGAAUGUAUUACAGCAUUACAAGGUGGGUUGCUUUUGAAGAGACAGGACAUAAACACGAUCCGGAAUGCGCUACAAGAAGCUUUUGAAAAUGCUGAUAGAAAACUCUUGAACUGGCUUGAGAGUAGCGGGAAAGAAGAUGAAUCUGGUUCAACAGCUACCGUUCUAUUUGUUGGGAAUGAUACACUGAUCAUCUCACAUGUUGGAGAUUCAUCCGUGGUGUUCUCACGAUCUGGAAAAGCGGAGACAUUAACCAAUUCACACAGGCCCUAUGGAAGCAACAAGGUUUCUCUACAAGAAAUCAGAAGAAUCAAUGAAGCAGGUGGAUGGAUUGUCAAUGGAAGAAUUUGUGGAGAUAUUUCAGUAUCCCGUGCUUUUGGUGAUAUGAGAUUUAAGACAAAGAAGAAUGAGAUGCUGGAGAAAGGGGUUGAAGAAGGCAGGUGGCCUGAAAAGUUUGCUUCUCGGAUUCAGUUCAAGGGAGACUUGGUUACAGCAUCUCCAGAUGUUUUACAGGUGACUUUUGGAUCAGAUGCCGAAUUCGUACUAUUAGCAUCUGAUGGAUUAUGGGAUUACAUGAAAAGUGAUGAAAUAGUAGAUAUUGUUAGGAACCAGCUUCGAGAGCAUGGCGAUGUUCAGAUAGCUUGUGAAGCUCUUGCACGCACGGCGUUGGACCGACGGACACAAGAUAAUGUCAGCAUUGUCAUUGCUGAUUUGGGGAGGACGGACUGGCGAAAUUUACCUGUGAAGAAGCAGAAUUUUGUGUUUGAACUGGGACAAGCUUUAGUCACAAUCAGUUUUGUGUCCAUUGGAAUAUGGCUAUCAACCAUGAUUUCUCCUUAGAAUUUUGAUAGUAUUUGUUAAUUGUAUAUAUUUUUAUAUGAAAGGGACAGAAGCUUCAACUA